GAGCGCCGAGAGCCUGAAGUUUCCCAACCCCUAGAAGGGGGUGGGCACAGGAGUGAGGAGCAAUGUUUGAGAUGGAGGGAGAUGAAAUCUUAGAAAAGCCAACCCGGGGGCUCGUGGAAGGUCCUAAUAUGCGAUAUUUUCGGCGACGCUACUUCAAUAUGGCCGAAGUGGCCAGGCACAACACCGUCGACGACCUGUGGGUAACCUACCUGGGUGCUGUGUACAACCUCACCCCACUGGCCCAGAAGCACAAAGGCAGCAUGCUGAUGAAACCCAUCUUGGAGGCGGCGGGACAGGACAUCAGCCACUGGUUUGACCCCAAGACUCAAGAUAUCCGCACGCACAUCGACCCGCUGACUGGCUGCUUGAAGUAUUACACUCCCAAGGGGCGCUUCGUGCACAUCCCUCCGCAGCUGCCCCGCUCCGACUGGGCCAAUGACUUUGGCUUGCCGUGGUGGAGAGAUACAGAUUAUCAGGUUGGCCUGCUCUCGCCCAAGACUCGGUUCAUUCGGAUUAUCAACACUCUCACAACCCAGGAGCACACGCUGGAGGUGGGGACACUGGAAACCAUGUGGGAAAUCCUUCACCGAUAUCUCCCCUACAACGUCCAUGCUGCCAGCUACACUUGGAAAUUUAAUGGUGUCAACCUCAACAUGGACAAGACCCUGGAGGAGAAUGGGAUUAAGGAUGAGGACUUCGAGUUUGAAAGACUUAACAUGGACCCAGAGUUGUACAUACCUGCUGUGUUACUGUACUUUAAUGAUGACCUCACUGAACUAUAAGGAGAUACACUUAUAAUAUGUAGCCUAGAGAGAGAA